AUGCCUUUGCUUUCAGCAGACAGCUCACAGACCACAAAAAGGCAAAGUUUCAGGACUCUGGAGAUGGUGAGCAUGGACAUGGAUAAAGAGUUUGAUCAGCAGCCCUUUGGGGUGGACUAUGGGAGGCUCGAAAAUGGCCUUGUUUACUAUGUUAAAUGUAAUUCUAAGCCCAAAAAACGAGCUGCUCUGGCUCUCGCUGUCAAAGUCGGCUCAGUUUUGGAAGAGGAGGAUGAACGUGGAGUUGCUCACAUAGUUGAGCAUCUUGCCUUCUCUGCCACAAAGAAAUACACAAAUCACAAUAUUGUCAAAUUUCUGGAAAGUAUAGGAGCAGAAUUUGGCCCUUGUCAGAAUGCUGUAACAUCUUUUGAUGAGACUGUAUAUAAGUUGUUGGUCCCUAUUGACAAGCCUGAGCUGUUAUCUGAGGCUAUUCAGGUCCUGUCAGAGUUUAGCUCAGAGAUUCGACUCUCAAAGGAUGAUUUGGAGAAAGAAAGAGGAGCGGUUAUGGAAGAGUAUAGAGAUAAUCGAAAUGCUAGUGGAAGGAUAUUUGAUGCAUAUUGGACAUUGAUGAUGGAAGGGUCAAAGUAUGCUGAGCGUUUACCAAUUGGAUUGGAAAAUGUAAUAAAAACAGUUUCUUCUCAAACUUUGAAGCAAUUUUACCAAAAGUGGUACCACCUAUGCAACAUGGCAGUGAUAGCUGUUGGAGAUUUUUCUGAUACAAAGAGUGUCAUUGAGUUGAUAAGGACUCAUUUUGGGCAUAAAUAUUCAGCAUCAGACCCUCCACCCAUUCCACACUUUCUUCUUCCUUCUCAUGAGGAUCCACGCUUUUCAUAUUUUGUGGAGCCUGAAGCUGCUGGGUCUGCAGUGAGGAUUGGCUAUAAGAUGCAAGUGGAUGAAGUAAAGACAGUGAAAGACUAUAGGGAGAUGCUUGUGAAAUCUAUGUUCCGAAAUGCUCUGAACCGGAGGUUCUUUAAAAUUUCUCGCAGAAAAGAUCCACCCUAUUUCUCAUGUUCAAUUGCUGCAUAUGUUCUUGUUCACGAAUCCAAGGCUUAUAUAAUGACUUCCUCCUGUAAAGAAAAGGGGAUUUUAGAAGCACUAGAGUCAAUGCUUAUUGAGGUUGCAAGAGUACGACUUCAUGGGUUUUCAGAACGUGAAAUAUCUGUUGUCCGAGCUCUAAUGAUGUCAAGGAUAGAAUCUGCCUACCUGGAACGUGAUCAAGUGGAAUCAAGCUGCUUGCGAUAUGAAUAUUCGCAGCACUUCACUGACAAUAAACCCAUUAUUGGGAUUGAGUAUGAAGCUCAGCUCCAAAAAUCUAUUCUGCCUGAUAUAUUAGCAUCAGAGGUAUCCAAGUUUGCUGAGAAAUUAUGGACACCAUGUAGCUGUGUCAUACAGAUAGUUGAACCUCAAGCUUCUGCUACAAUUGAUGACCUGAAAAAUAUUCUCAAAAAGAUCAACAAACUUGAGAAAGAAAGGAGCAUUUCUCCUUGGGAUGAUGAACACAUACCAGAAGAAAUUGUCAAUUCAAAGCCAAAUACAGGGAACAUUGUUCAGCAGCUCGAACACUUAAAUAUUGGAGCUACUGAAUUGAUUCUGUCAAAUGGCAUGCGGGUUUGCUAUAAGUGUACAGAUUUCUUUAAUGACCAGGUUUUAUUCUCUGGGUUCUCCUAUGGUGGUCUAUCUGAACUCCCAGAAAGCAAGUAUUUUUCAUCUUCGAUGGGAUCCACAAUUGCAGAAGAAAUUGGUAUGUUUGGUCACAGACCAUCAGUACUAAUGGAUAUGCUGGCUGGUAAGAGAGUUGAAGUCGAUGUAGAGAUCAGAGCAUACAAGAGAACCUUUUAUGGUGAUUGUUCACCCCUCUACUUGGAAACCGCCUUGCAGCUUGUUUACCAACUGUUUACGACAAAUGUAACACCAGAUGAUGAAGUCAUUAAGAGAGUGAUGCAAGUGAAAGAACAAGCAAUUCUUGCGCGAGAAAGGGAUCCUUAUACUGCAUUUGCCAACAGGGCAAGGGAGAUCAACUAUGGAAACUCUUACUUUUUCAGGCCUUUCAGAAAAAGUGAUCUUCAAAAAGUCAAUCCAUUGAAAGCAUGUGAAUAUUUUAAUAGUUGCUUUAAGGAUCCAUCAACUUUUACUGUCGUAAUUGUAGGGAAUAUUGAUCCCACGAUUGCACUUCCUUUAAUACUGCAGUAUUUGGGUGGAAUACAAAAGCCUAAUGAACCUAUUUUCCCUUUUAACUGUGACUACAUCAAGGGACUACCAUUCAAAUUUCCUAAGACCAUAACUAGAGAAGUUGUAUGCAGCCCCAUGGUGGAAGCACAAUGUAUGGUCCGGCUAUGCUUUCCUACAGAGCUGAAGAGAGGAAAAAUGGAAGAAGAGAUUCACUAUAUCGGGUUCCUGAGUAGACUUCUAGAAACAAAACUACUGCAACUUCUCCGCUUCAAGCAUGGCCAGAUCUACUCUGCAAGUGUUUCAGAAUUCAUUGAUGGUGAUCUGCCAUGUGUAACUGGUGAUGUACGUGGUGAUAUUAGAAUAGAUUUUUCUUGCGAUCCAAAAAUCUCCUUGAAGCUGGUUGAUCUGGCUUUAAGUGAAAUAUUACGUCUUCGAGAGGAGGGGCCUUCAGAUCAAGAUGUUACAACCAUACUUGAAAUUGAGCAGAGAGCCCAUGAAAAUGGACUGCAGGAGAAUUAUUACUGGCUAAGUAGGAUUCUAUGCAGCUACCAAUCAAGGAUUUAUGCUGGUGACAUUGGCACUUCCUUUGAGAUUCUAGAUGAAGGGCAUUCAAAAGUUAGAAAAUCGUUAACACCAUUAACAAUGCAAUUGGCAUUACAGAGGAUAAUGCCUCACAAAAAUCAGCAUACUGUUGUGAUUCUAGUGCCCCAUGUAUCUUGGUUUCAGAGGCUAAGAUCAUUUUCACAAUGGACCCUUAAUGGGAUAGAUGUGAAGAUUUUAGCAGCCAUUGCUGGUUUGACAGUUUUGGCUCUCAGCUUGCGGAGGUAUUCGCGCAAAUCUUAGAGAUAUCCUGUUCAUUAAGUCUUCUGGCAAGUCAGGAUGUAUCAUUUCUUCAUUGGUGAAAACUGAAGAGACAGGUUCACACCACCAUAUUAAUAUAAUUACCAGAGAGGAAGAGGAUGCAGCAAUAUAUCUAUAUAGUAGCUGAAAACACGCAUUACAUAUUUUAUAUCUGCCCAUUUCUGUACCUUUAGUCCUUCUUUUGUUUUGUUUAUGUGAAGUAGCAAUUUUUUUUCCAGAACAGUGCAAUUCUAGUGAUGUUCAUUCUGAUAUAAAUUUGAAAUGAAGCAAUAAAGAUAUUUGUUAGGGGUCAUGUUUU